UGACGUAUGAUGGGGAUUAUGGGGGCCCCUAUCGGAUAGGCUAUCCAGCAAAACCCAGGUGUCUGUCCAGGACUAUAAAUGUUUAGUCACGUCUUAUCAAUAAUUGCUGUGAAUAAGUUAAUACGUCUGGUUGUCGACCCACGGCUCUGAUAAUACUCGUGACGGCUGAGGUGAAGGAGUCAGUACCGACUAGUCGCGCGGACGACAACCACAACCGGAAACAAUUGCUCGCGGUGCCGUGAGCGCGGAAGCUGAGUCCCCGGAAGCACUGAGUCAUCUCUCCAGCAUCAUGGACAAGGUGAUCAGCUGCUUCGGGAAGCGGCCCGAUGCCGCCACCCGGCUGCUCUGCUUUCCCUGGGCCGGCGGUGGAUCCAUUCAUUACGCCCGCUGGGGGAACCUGGUGAACAGCGCCAUUGAAGUUUAUUCAGUCAGGUUGUCUGGAAGAGAAGGUCGAGCGAAAGAGCCUUUUGCUACAAGCAUGCAGCAGAUUGUGAAGGAGGUCGCUGACACGCUUCUGCCAGCAUUGCAGGAGAAGUCCUUUGCCCUCUUUGGCCACAGCUUUGGAGCCAUGGCAUGCUAUGCUGUGGCUGAAUAUUUGAAGAAGGUGCACAACCUUGAGCCUGUUCAUAUCUUUCUGUCUGGAGCUUCUGCUCCCUAUUCAGAGACACGCCUUCAAGCUCCAAACAGAAGUCAGAUGUCAGAUGAAGAGUUCCUCCACUGGAUGAAGACCGUUGGAGGGACACCAGCAGAAAUACUGGACAAUCCUGAAGUUCUGAAGCUGUUUGUACCAGUCCUUAGAGCUGAUCUUAAAGUUAUAGAGCACUUCAGUUUCAUGUUUUGAUGGAAAGCAGGAUAUUCCACAUGAUCUGCAAGCGUGGAAAGACAUAACAAAAGGAGAAUUCACCAUACAAAUGCUUCCUGGGUCUCACUUCUACUUGAAAGAUAACGCU